UCCUUCCACUAAACUAGACACAAGAUGUUGGUUGAGUUUCUUGGUAGUGGAAUACAGGGGAGGUAUGGGGGAUUUCUGCCUAAUGGCUGUAAUAGUGUUUAAUGGAAAACUGACGUCCUACACAUUCAGUUCCCCAAUGAACAGGGUAUAAAUGAAACGCUGUGAUCACAAUCAAUCACAGCAAGGAGAGAAGAGAAGUUCAGCAUCACCAGCAUCAUCAUCCUCAUCAUCCAUACAACAUCAUGAAGACUCUCCGCGUCAUCCUGGGGCUGUUGUUGCUCUGCGUCUGCUGCUGCGAUGCCAUACCUGAAGGUUUGAGAAGCACAGUACCUACAAAGUGCUGCUUCAAAUUUUCUGAGAAACAACUUCCAGAAAGACUUGUGAUGAACAUAAUCGAGACCGACAGCUCCUGUCCACACAUGGCUUUCUUAGUUAAGACCAUAAGAGGAAGAGAGAUCUGCUUUAAGCAGAGUUUUAAGUAUGCUAAGGAACUCUAUAAUAACCGGCACAACAACAAGGAGGGCAGCGGCCAAUAGCCCUGAAGAGGAUAUGUAAUAUUUAAUAUUUUAAUGGAUGAUGAUGAACAUAUAUCGAUUUAAUCAGAUGUAAUGCUGGUUAUGUGCUUCUCUAAGUAAAGUGUGUAUUGUUUGAACAAGAAAUUAUGUUUUGUUUAUGUUUUUGUCUUUACCAACCUCUGAUUUAAAAAAUACAUGUGAGACCUUACUGUAGCUGCUGUAAGCAAAUAAAACGUUUAAGUUAAGUA